AUGGAAACCACUUUUCAUUUCAGUUUUAUAUUAUUAUUCCUGUUUGUUCAAACGUAUGGCGCAAGCAACAGCAACACCAUGAUCACCGCUUCCUCAAACGUUACAUGUAUCCAAAGAGAGCGGCAAUCACUGAUUGUAAUCAGACAAGGCCUCUUGGACAAAUCAAAUCAGCUGUCCACAUGGACAGGACUAGAAUGUUGUGAAUGGCGGGGAGUUGGGUGUGACAGGAGAACUGGUCAUGUUGUCAAACUUGAUCUUCGAUCUACAUUGUCUUUCUGGCAUGGAAGUAAGGUAAGUCCUUUCUUACUCAACUUGACGCAUUUGCGUUACUUGGACCUGAGCAUGAACUAUUUCAUUGGACCAAAUAUUCCUGGAUUCUUAGGGUCAUUCAAGUAUUUGGAAUACCUUAACCUAUCAGACUCAGGAUUUAGUGGUGCGGUCCCUCCUCAUCUAGGAAAUCUCUCAAGGUUACAAAAUCUUGAUCUUAGUAAUAAUAACCAUUUGAUGUUGAAUAAUGAUAUGCUGUGGGUGUCUUUAUUGUCGUCGUUAAAGCACUUGGAUUUGUCAAGGAUAACAAUCGGUAACCAUAUUGAUUGGUUGCAUCCAGUUAACAUGUUACCUUCUUUGCUUACACUCAACUUGCGCAUGUGUGAUAUCAAUAUCGCCUCUAUAAAAGUCAUCAAUUUCACUUCUCUUAAUUCACUUGAUCUCUCUCUCAAUUACCUUAACUCCACCAUCCCCGUUUGGUUAUCAAACCUUACUGGACUCGUGCAUCUAAACCUUGGAGGUAACAGCUUCCAUGGGGGGAUACCUGAUUCAAUUGGAAACUUGAGCUCUCUUUCUCACAUGGACCUUUCAUGGAAUCAAUUGUCUGGUCGGAUACCUCCCUCACUUGGUGGCCUAUCAUCUCUAACAUACCUCUCUCUUUUGCUUAAUCAAUUGAGUGGGAGCAUACCUGAAAGCAUUGGACUACUCACCAGCCUACAAACUCUCGAUCUUGGUUUUAAUCAAUUGAGUGGGAACAUUCCCACUAGUCUUGGUCAGCUUUCAAACCUCCAAUCCCUUGGUCUUUCGUAUAACCAGUUAAGUGGGAGCAUACCGGAAAGCAUUGGACUACUCACCAGCCUACAAGAACUCUAUCUUAACAAUAACAAAUUGAGUGGGAGCAUUCCC